AGCCUUCUUCAGCAGAUUGUUUUCAAGAUCCACCACCCUUAUUACUUCACUACUGGCAUAGCUGCUUGCGCUUUUAUUUCAACUUCAUCAACAUGGCACCUCCAAUUGGAAUCAGAUACUACACCCUCCGCAACUCCGGCAUCGCCAUAGUCAUCUACCCACAAUUUCGGAAGUGUUCCAACCAAAAUGAAACAAUCUGGGAUGGAGGAGAUCACAGCGGCUUCAGCAUUUGGAUCAAUAGCGACUUGACGAUAGAUCUCGCCAACACCAGCAUCAACUCCACAGCCAAAGAAAAGUUCUAUCUAUCCUCAAACACCAUGUGGGGAACGGAUAAGUGGGACAGGAGCCAGGAGUUCUACUACGACCCCAACUCUACCAUUGUCGCCAGUGCAACGCGCUGGGGAGGCGUCCAUGACGGAAAUCUGGUUUAUCAGGGCAUCAAGAGCAAGGAUGUGUUUUAUAAUCUGGCCACCCUUUCAACCCCCGCCGAUUCUGAUGCGAAGACGUUGCCUACGGAACCAGCUGAAUCAUAUGCUGCUUCGGUGGCGCACGAAAUGAUUCGGCAAAUCUGCGAUACUGCAUUUGCUGCUAACUUGGGUUCCGGGUUUCCUUGGGAAGGGCUCCUCAAGUGGGGACAGCAGCUCACGCCUCAGCAGGUGACCACGGCCGUAGGUCUUGUUCUGGCUGCCCUGAUCGCCCGAGGCUACGAGGUCACGUUCACGACAACGAUCAACGCUGAUGGGUCCAAGACGACAUCAUUCAGAUUCGGCCCUAAGUCGCUGCUGCCAGGAGCCCCUGGAUCCGUGCCGGAAAAGGUCAAGACUGAUUGGAAUACCGCCGUGGGCGCCGCAGGGCAGUACAACCCCAAGAAUAUGGGUGUUUUUCCGAACACUAAAAAUUUGUCCAACGAUAACGAUUUCGACACUGAAGCCUUAGGCGCCGUAGUCCAGGUUCCGUAACCUGAUUUACGCCGAGUGUCUUGGUAGAUGGAUUCAUCACAUGAAACUUAGUGUUCACUACUGGUGGCGAUGGUUCGCGAACAAAGGUGUCUGGUUUUCUUUUAUUUGUGCACUGUGCCAAGCAGAAACGGGUAGUUGUUUCUACGCUGGUCCGCCAGGUCUUGUAGUCUGGAUAGUGGAGUUGCCAAUGCACAUUAAUCUGAAUUUCGGUAGUGUCCUUCGUCUCUGGAAAUUAGCUUAGAUAUAUUUCCAAUAUAUGGUUUU